GAUUUAGUUAGUCGGAAGCAAUCACAUCAUUUUUCAUCCUCGCUCUCUCUCUCUCUCUCUCGCUCAGAGAUGAGCCUGACGCGUGCUUUACAUCAUCAUCUCUCUCUCCUUCGUGUAUAUAACACGAUGGAAGGGAGAGGACUCACCUCAUCCUCGCUCGGUUUCAUUGGCUUGUACGGGUCCCAGUCGUGUGCGAUACUCGAGUCUUGUUCUGGUAGCCAUGGAGGACAGCAACGGAGCAGCUGCUGCUACGAGGUCGCGGCGUCCUCACGUGGCGCUGCUGCCGACGCCCGGCAUUGGCCACCUGAUCCCCAUGGCCGAACUGGCCAAGCUCCUCGUCGCCCGCCAUGGCUUCUCCGUCACCAUCAUCACCUUGGCCAUCUCCGCCUCCAAGGCCCAGGCCACCCUCCUCUCCUCCCUCCACCCACCUUCCUGUGGGUCGUCAAGAGCCCGAGCGACGGCGGGGACGCCAGCGAGGCAUACUUCACCGUCCAGAGCAAGGAGGACCCGUUCCGGUUCCUGCCGGCGGGGUUCGUGGACCGAACGCGAGAGGUGGGCCUGCUGGUCCCGUCGUGGGCGCCGCAAGCGGCGGUGCUAAACCACGCCGCUACCGGCGGCUUCCUGAGCCACUGUGGGUGGAACUCGACGCUGGAGAGCGUGAAAGCCGGGGUGCCGAUGGUGGCAUGGCCUCUGUUCGCAGAGCAGCGCCAGAACGCGGUGAUGCUGGCGGAGGGCUCGAGGAUCGCGCUGCGGUUGCCGAGGGCGGAGCAAGGGAUCGUACCGCGGGAGGAGGUGGCGCGGGUGGUGAAGGAGCUGAUGGAGGGGGAAGAGGGAAAGGCCGCGCAUCAGCGGGUGGCGGAGCUCCGGGAAGCUUCGGCCAGAUGCCUGGAGGAGGGCGGCGCCGCGUACACGGCGCUUGACGCGGUGGGCAACAAGUGGAAGGCCACGAACUAAGCUACUUCCCAACGUCAAUUUCUCAUUGCUUGGUUUCUUUCUUUGCUUUUGUCUCAGUGCGUACUCCCUAUCGAAUCACACAGAGUGCUCCAUGCAUCGGUCUGCUUCUGCAGGAGGCUGUUCAGUGUGUAAUAAACACAUUAUCUGUCAGUGUAACCCAUGAAUCGAUGUGAGAAAGCACGAUGGUGUCA